AUGAGCCUCGCCCAGCUCCUCCUCUCAUGCCUCGCCGGCGACCGCCUCCGCCGCCUCCUCCCGGCGGCGCACGCCCGCGCCCUACUCACCGAGGCUCUCCCGGACCUCUUCCUCGCCAACCUCCUCCUCCGCGGCUACUCCAAGCUCGGCCGCCUCCGGGACGCCCGCCGCCUGUUCGACGGGAUGCCGCACCGGAACCUCGUCUCCUGGGGCUCCGUCAUCUCCAUGUACGCGCAGCACGGGCGCGAGGAAGACGCGAUCGAGCUCUUCGCUGCCUUCCGCGGUGCCUCCGGCGAGCCGCCCAACGAGUUCCUGCUCGCCAGCGCCCUCAGGGCCUGCGCGCAGUCCAGGGCGGUUUCCUUCGGCGAGCAGGUGCAUGGCGAUGCCGUGAAGCUGGGAAUGGUUGGGAAUGUCUACGUCGGGACCGCGCUGAUCAACCUGUACACGAAGGCUGCCUGCAUUGACACCGCGAUGCUGGUCUUCGACGCGCUCCCGGUGAAGAACCCGGUCACUUGGACUGCGGUGAUAGCAGGGUAUUCUCAGGUCGGGCAGGGUGGAGCCGCCUUGGAGUUGUUCGCGAAGAUGAUGUGGCUUGACCGCGGUGUCCGGCCCGACAGGUUUGUGCUAGCGAGUGCUGCGAGCGCUUGCUCUGCACUUGGCUCUCUAAAUGGCGGCAGGGAAAUACACGGCUACGCGUAUCGAACGGCAGCGGACGCAGAUGCGUCGGUGGUCAACGCGCUGAUCGAUCUGUACUGCAAGUGCUCCAGGCCCGCUUUGGCCCGCAGGCUGUUUGAUUGCAUGGAGAACCGCAAUCUCGUGUCCUGGACGACGAUGAUUGCUGGUUAUAUGAAGAAUUCUUUCGAUGCUGAAGCUAUGGACAUGUUCUGGCAGCUGAGCCGGGCUUGGUGGCGGCCGGAUGUUUUCGCUUGCACGAGUAUCUUGAACUCGUGUGGCUCUUUGGCGGCGAUAUGGCAAGGAAGGCAGGUACAUGCUCAUGCCGUAAAGGCUAAUCUGGAGUCUGAUGAGUAUGUCAAGAACUCUCUCAUUGACAUGUACGCGAAAUGUGAGCGCUUAUCUGAAGCAAGAGCAGUGUUUGAAGCAUUGGUAGAAGAUGAUGCAAUUUCUUACAAUGCAAUGAUCGAAGGAUAUGCAAGGCUAGGUGAUCUUACAGGAGCAGUUGAGGUAUUCAGUAAAAUGAGGUAUUGUUCUCUAAAGCCAAGCCUACUGACAUUUGUUUCGCUCCUUGGGGUGUCGUCAUCGCAAUCAGACAUUGAGCUGAGCAAGCAGAUUCAUGGUCUCAUCGUCAAAUCAGGAACUUCGUUGGACCUGUAUGCAGGGAGUGCUCUAAUCGACGUCUAUUCAAAGUUUUCCCUUGUGGAUGAUGCCAAACUUGUAUUCAGUCUGAUGCACAACAGGGACAUGGUAAUCUGGAAUGCUAUGAUUUUCGGCCUUGCACAGAAUGAGCAAGGGGAAGAGGCUGUGAAGCUCUUUAACCAGCUUCGCUUCUCUGGGUUAACACCUAAUGAAUUCACAUUUGUUGCACUAGUAACUGUGGCGAGUACCCUAGCAAGCAUGUUUCACGGCCAGCAAUUCCAUGCCCAGAUCAUCAAAGCAGGUAUGGACAGUGACCCCCGUGUUUCAAAUGCUCUCGUAGACAUGUAUGCAAAGUGUGGCUUCAUCAAAGAAGGACGGCUGUUGUUUGACUCGGCGUUGGGAAAGGAUGUCAUUUGUUGGAACUCCAUGAUUUCGACGUAUGCGCAGCACGGUCAUGCUGAGGAAGCUCUUCAUGUUUUCGGAAUGAUGAGAGGAAAUGGAGUAGAACCGAACUAUGUGACAUUUGUUGGUGUGUUAUCAGCAUGUUCUCGUGCAGGCCUCACGGAUGAAGGGUUACACCAUUUUCACUCUAUGAAAACAAAAUAUGCUAUUGAACCAGGCACCGAGCACUAUGCUUCUGUGGUCAAUCUUUUGGGUCGUUCAGGGAAACUGCAGGCCGCCAAGGAGUUUAUUGAAAGGAUUCCAAUUGAACCAGCUGCGGCUGUUUGGAGGAGCUUGCUGGGUGCCUGUCAUUUGUUUGGUAAUGUUGAAAUCGGGAGUUAUGCUACCGAAAUGGCGCUCUUGGCAGAUCCUACAGACAGUGGCCCCUCUGUUGUAAUGUCAAAUAUUUAUUCCUCUAAAGGACUAUGGGUGGAUGCACAGAAGUUGAGACGGGGGAUGGAUUGCGCUGGCGUAGUGAAGGAACCAGGAUACAGCUGGAUUGAGUUGAUGAAGGAGAUCCAUACUUUCAUUGCACAACAACGAGAGCACCCGGAGGAAAAAAUGAUAUGUGUAGUACUUGAUGAACUGACAAGUCUACAAAAUUCUGGGUAUCCCCCUGAUAUUUCUGAACUUACUUUGCGUGAUGAGAAUGGUUGAUGGUACUUACUCAGUGUAUUGAAAAUUAGCAUCAUAUGAACUAGUUUCAGUCAGUUCUAGUACACUACUUUUCUGGGAGGAUGAGACUUUGCGAUAGUAAUCCCAAGCUCUUUUCAUUGAGACUGCUAGUGCUACUUCAACACUUGUCCACCAACUAUCUGACUGGUAACUGCUCGUGGAAAGGACCGGAGAUGGGAACUUCUGAUGAAUGAUCAGAUCAAAAGGAAAAAAAUAAAUCUCAACAUGCAGAUUGUACCGUGGGAUUUAUGAUGUACAAUUGCACAUAGCAAUGCCAUUGCUUGAGUGUGAUAUUUAAGGAAGGUUAAUCGAUGCAUACGAAUUGUCAACUUGUUAGCUACCUACACACAAGGUCCAGCUGUCCAACAGAUUACUGUCACUGCAAAACUUUAAUGGAUAUCUUCACUGGCAUAACUGAAGGAGGCCUCUGCGUCGGUGUUCUUUGAGGAAAGAAUAUUCAAGGUGACAAUAAGAAAUCUCAUUAAGGUAGAAUUUAUCGUGGUGAAAAGUUAGAUCACAUAGACUUUACACUGGAAUGUGAAGAUGUGCAAAAUUCCAAAGGUCAUAAUACCAAAGGAAAUGGAUUUUGUCUGAGCAGAUGACAUGGAACCAUUAGCUAGGGUGAUGUGUGAAGAGCCUUUUUUUUUUGUGAAACUAUGGUUGGCGAAACUGCAUUCAGAGUGUCCUGCUUCUCUUCAUUCUCUUAUUGAAAUGACACACAACUCACAAACACCGUUCUUAUUGUCUCUCCAAACAUAGAGGCUCUAGUGUUCAUGACUGCUUCUAAGCCAACACGGUCCGUCAUUUGGCAAAGACAUAUAAGGAGGCUCUUACAUUUUCCCAAGGUGGAGGCACUAGUGUGAGCUGUAGAACAGCUUGAGAUCAGAAGGUCAAUGCCUAAAUAUUUUCUUCCCAUCGGCACAAGAACACUGAACAGCGCAUGUCAUCUCGGCUCUUGGUCUGUUCGUUCAGGUGGGAAUGUUUUAAUGCUUGUUUUGGGGAUCUUGAUCACAAGACCUGUGCUGACCUUAUGGUUUGACAACAACAAUUGGUAUUGGAGCCAUGUGGGGCAAAUAUGGGAAGAAGGAUGUUGUUG